AUCCCAAUAUUACAUUUCGCGCUUUCCCUCUUAAAAUUCCAUUACGAGCCGCUUCAUCUCCUCUAGGGUUUCAAAAAUUCACACACACUCUCUCUCUCUCUCUCUGGGAAUUGGAUCGAUCGAUUUUCUUCAACUUUCUUCUCAAUUUUCUCGGGGAAAUUUCUAAAAUGGCAAUCAAUUUGACGGAAGGAGCAGUAGCGAUGCUGACGAGCGGAGAGCAAGGGAGCGAUGUGAAGCCAGUGCUUCAAGUGGCGGACCUGAGGUUGGUGAACACGCAGAACCAGAGCAACGAGAGGUAUCGUAUCUUGCUCUCCGAUGGUUCGCAUCUCCAGCAAGGUAUGCUUGCUACUCAGAAGAACGAUUUGGUUCGGUCUCAGAGUUUGCAGAAGGGUUCCAUUGUUCAGUUGACUCAGUUCGUCUGUAAUGUCAUCCAAGGCCGCACGAUUAUUAUUAUCAUAGACUUGAAUGUGAUACUUGACAAGUGUGAUCCUAUAGGCGAACCAAAACAAUACGAGCGACCUGGCAUCAAUACGGGUGCUGCUCCAGGGGCAAGACCUUCUGCACAGAUGCAGUCUAACAUGGAUCAGCCGGGGACAGUUACUGGUAAUCCACCAUCUUAUGUUGGUAGUUCACUGGGUGGUUCAGUUGUCAAACCAAAUCUACCUGGUGGAACUCUUCCAAACCAACCUACAAUAGAUCGUAGUGCAGAUUCACAUUCCUAUGGUGGAGGUUCCUUUGCCAGCAAUCCUGACUCUGGACGAUAUAAUGCAACAAAUACCCAUGUUAUGUACCCCAAAACAGAAAUUGGUGCUGGGAUUUCACGGGCUCCAAUGAAUAAUUAUGGGCGUCCACCUCAGGCAGCAUAUCAACAGCCACCUCCAAUGUACACAAACAGAGGGCCUGUAGCUAAGAAUGAAGCUGCGCCCAGGAUAAUUCCAAUUGCUGCUUUGAAUCCAUAUCAGGGAAGGUGGACAAUUAAGGCCCGAGUGACAGCAAAGGGGGAACUUAGACACUACAAUAAUCCUCGGGGUGAAGGCAAAGUAUUUUCCUUUGAUCUUCUUGAUUCUGAUGGUGGAGAAAUUCGAGUGACCUGCUUUAAUGCUGUUGCUGAUCAGUUCUACAACCAGAUUGAAUCUGGUAAGGUGUAUUUGAUCUCGAAGGGAAGCCUUAAGCCUGCUCAGAAAGCUUUCAAUCAUCUUCGUAAUGAUCAUGAAAUUUUACUGGACAGUACAUCAACAGUGCAACCUUGCCCUGAGGAUGAUAACUUAAUUCCACGCCAGCAAUUUCAUUUCCGUCCCAUAAUCGAUGUUGAGAGCUUGGAGACCAACAGUAUUGUGGAUGUGAUUGGCGUUGUAUAUUUUAUCAGUCCAUCUACUUCAAUAAUGAGAAAAAAUGGAACUGAAACUCAAAAGAGGGUUCUCCAGUUGAAGGACAUGUCUGGAAGAAGUGUUGAAUUGACUUUAUGGGGAAAUUUUUGCAAUGCUGAAGGACUUGAAAUGCAAAAGAUGUGUGAUUCUGGGCUAUUCCCUGUUCUGGCUGUGAAAUCUGGUAGAGUUAGUGAAUUUAAUGGGAAGGCAGUGGGAACCAUAUCUUCAAGCCAGUUGAUCAUAGAGCCAGAUUUUCCGGAGGCUCGCAGGCUAAAGGAAUGGUUUGAAAAGGAGGGACGAAACAUUCCAUCUGUUUCUAUAUCAAGGGAGACAACAUCUAUAGGAAGAACAGAUGUCCGGAAGACUAUAUCCCAGAUUAAAGAUGAGAAACUAGGGACUUCUGAGAAGCCAGACUGGAUUACAGUCAGUGCGGCUAUCUCGUUCAUGAAAGUAGAUAAUUUCUGCUAUACAGCAUGUCCAAUCAUGAUUGGGGAUCGACAAUGCAACAAGAAGGUUACGAACAAUGGAGAUGGAAAAUGGCGGUGCGAUAGGUGUGAUCAAUCUGUUGAUGAGUGUGAUUACAGGUAUAUUCUGCAGUUUCAGAUACAAGACCACACCGGUUUAACAUGGGUAACGGCUUUUCAGGAAUGUGGUGAGGAAAUAAUGGGUAUAUCUGCGAAAGAUUUGUAUUAUUUGAAAUACGAAGAGCAGGAUGAUGAAAGGUUUGGCGAAAUUGUGCGGAAAGUACUGUUUAAUAAAUUUGUAUUCAAGUUGAAAGUGAAGGAGGAGAUGUUCAGUGAUGAACAGCGCGUAAAAUCUACAGUGGUCAAAGCAGAGAAAGUUAAUUUCUUAUCAGAGUCUCGGUUUCUUCUGGAUUUGAUGGAUAAACUCAAAGUAGAGAACGUUGGUUCUUCAGCCCCGAUGACGGAUAAUGUCUUUCUGAACACUGGAGUAAAUAGUCCUGGAUCGGGAAGUGUUGGAGCUAGGCAACCUCCUCUGCCCAGUGCAAGUUACAUGGGAAGUACUAGCAAUGCUGGUGGGGAAUUUGGGCUACCAGCAAAUCAAGUGGGUCAGUAUGUGAACCAGUACAGUAGUUCUAGGCUUCCUACAAGUGGAUCUACUGGUAUGUACUUAAGCUGCAAUAGCUGUGGUGGUUCGGGGCAUAGCUCUACAAACUGCCCUAGUGUUAUGAGCGGUCAGGGACAGUCAUACGGAGGUGGCUUUGCUAAUAGGGCAUCUCCUGGGGCAGGUGUGGGUGGUGGUGCAUCGGGUGAGUGCUUUAAAUGCAAUCAAUCAGGGCAUUGGGCUAGAGAUUGUCCUGGUUUGAGCAAUGUACCUGCUGGGGCAGGUGUGGGUGGUGGUGCAUCUGGUGAGUGCUUUAAAUGCAAUCAACCAGGGCAUUGGGCUAGAGAUUGUCCUGGUUUGAGCAAUGUACCUCCAGCCUAUGGAAGUGGCAGUGUCACACCCGGAAGAUAUGGGGGUGUUCCAAAGCAAAGGGUUGGCGGCUUUUGAGGUUAGUUGGAAUCGAGAUUGUAAAGAUCUGUGCAAAUAUAUGCCUGUGCUGUCAAGAUGGGGGUUCCAGUUUUGUUUGGGGACUAGUGUUGUGAUGUGUUUUCUCCAUGCAGUAAUGGGGGUUACGACGAUGUUUGGCUUCUUACAUUAGCUGUUAGAACUCGAGAUGAAUUUCUAUCACAUGAUGUAAGCAUAGUUAGAUGGGGUCUAGGUUGUGUGGCUAGGUUUUGUGGACAUGCAUGGUCUGGAAGGGUUUGGUUUUCUUCUCACUGUUUCGUGUAAAUUAUUUCUCAUGGUUUUCUGUUUUUUGGGAAGGAUUUUGAACAUAGUUUAGUAUGUUGGCUUUAAUAUGAUUCAUGCAAAUCUGAAGUUGAUUGUUGUGAUAAUAUAAGAAGUUGAAGAA